GCCUUCUCAACCAACACAUCAUGGCCACGUUUCUCCUGUUUCUAACAUUUUCCAUGGUCGGCGUAUUGGCCGAACCACCAGUCAACCGGCAGUACCUACCUCCAGCAGGAAACGGUGGUAUCUCCACCCAAUAUGGGGCUCCCAGCACAGGCACUAAUGGAUUCAGCAAUGGAAAUGGGCUCUCGACAACUUAUGGCGCUCCCAAUGGCAACGCACUCGGCGGCACCAACGGAAUUUCCUCUCAGUAUGGUGCUCCUGGUGCUAAUGGUUUUGGGAGUCGAAAUGGAGGCCUCUCAUCCCUAUAUGGAGCACCCAAUGGAGGUGCUCUGAAUGGCAGAGCUAAUGGACUUAUCUCUGGCAACGGCUUUGGAAGGGCGAAUGGAGCUCUGUCUAGCAGAUAUGGAGCACCAAAUGGAGGUGCCCUGAACGGUGGUUCAAGCAGGUCGAAUGGUCUGUCCACCCAAUAUGGUGCUCCCAAUGGAGCUUCGAAUGGUUUGAGAGGAAGAAACGGCCUGUCGACACAGUACGGGGCGCCUAAUGGUGGAGGAAAUGGCUACAAUGGCGCGAGGAUACCGUCAUCAGUCUACGGAGCGCCAAAUGGGAACGGUGUAGGAGGUCUAAACGGGCUUGCCACGCAGUACGGAGCCCCGAAUGGAGGUCUUUUGGGAGCCAAUGGUGGCCUUUCGGCUCAGUACGGUGCGCCAAAUGGUGGAGGCAAUGGAAUAGCAGCCAAUGGGCUGUCCAGCGUCUACGGAGUACCUGGAGCUGCUGGCUACGGCAAUGGAGGAGCGUCCCAAGAUGAUCUUGCAGAACCUGCAAACUACCAGUUCAGCUACACAGUGGAGGACGCUGAAAGCGGUGUUGAAUUUGGCCACGAGGAGUCUCGAGAGGGAGACAGUGCUCAAGGUCAAUACCACGUGUUGCUGCCUGAUGGUCGCAGGCAGGUGGUGGACUAUGAAGCCGAUCAGGGCGGCUACAGGCCGACCGUCAACUACGAGGAGACUGGACUAGGUAAUGGAGGCUACGGCAAUGGGGGCUAUGCCAAUGGUGGGAACGGCGGAUAUCCCAGCAGCAAUGGAGGUUAUCCUAGAGGAAACGGUGCUUACUCCAAUGGUAAUGGUGGCUACUCCAAUGGUAAUGGUGGCUACUCCAGAGGCAAUGGUGGCUACUCCAACGGCAAUGGUGGCUACUCCAACGGCAAUGGUGGAUAUUCCAAUGGUAAUGGUGGCUACUCUAAUGGUAAUGGUGGCUACUCCAAUGGCAACGGUGGAUAUUCCAAUGGUAAUGGUGGCUAUCCCAGCAGAAAUGGCAAUGGUUUGCAGUCCUCUGGAAAUGGUCCAUACUGAUACCAGUGAAAAUGGGAUACUCUGUGGCAUCUUAUCUCGCUUAUAUUCUAUAGUUCUGUAAAUAUAUUCUGUAGAGACAUGUAUUUAUGUAUAUACUCUUAAGAACA